AUGUCAGUACAGGGCAAAGUAGCGAUUGUCACUGGCGCGGGCCUUGGCCUAGGUCGACUGUACGCCCUCGCCCUGGCUGCCAGGGGAGCCAAAGUGCUGGUGAACGACUACGGCGGCGACCUCCAGGGACAAGCCGGAGCCAUCACACGAGCACAAGCCGUGGUGGACGAGAUCAGGGCUGCGGGCGGUGUCGCCGUCGCGCACAACGGCGACGUGUCCAAAGACGCCAAAGACAUUGUCCAGACGGCCGUCAAGGAAUUCGGCGGGGUGCACAUCCUGAUCAACAACGCGGGCAUCACGGGCAAAAUGAGCCCGCACGACGACGUCGACGCGGCCGCGUUCAUGCGCGUGCUCGAGAUCUCAGUCCUCGGCACCACCAUGGUCACCAGCGCGGCGUACUCGGUCAUGGCGAAGCAGCGAUACGGCAGGGUCGUGAACGUGUCGUCGAAUGCGAUCUACGGUUUCGGCGCGGGGGGAGACUGCGCGUACGGCGCGUCCAAGGGCGCCGUCUUUGCAAUCACGCGGGAACUGGGCAGGUGGUCCGAGAGAGAUGGGAUCAAGAUCAACUGUAUCAUGCCGUCGGCGGCGUCUCGCAUGGGAGAUUUGUCCGAAGGCACCAAGAAGAUCACUCGCACAUACUUUCCCCCCGAGGGAGUCGUCCCGUUCGUCAUCGCCCUCUGCUCAGAAGAGUGCCCAUCAUCCGGCGAGGUCUUCUCCGCCAGUGCCAACCGGGCCGCACGCGAGACGCUGGCGACUUUCCCAGGCAAAAUCUCCGACACCCCCGAGGGGUUCCUCGCGGACUGGGACAAGGUCUGCGGCAGGGACGAGACUCCCUUCUUGGCCAACAGUACCCUGGAUCAAGUCAAGUACAUCAUUCGAUUGGCGCAUGGGAAGGAGAUGGAGGAUAUUCCUGAAUUUGGAAUUGCCGGGAAGUGA